AUGACAAGGGGGGUAGUUGCAUGUAAGAAACGAUGGUAUAAGAUCAACAAGGCUGUUGCACAAUUUGCUGGUUGCUACGAUCAAGCUAGUCAAAACAUAAGGAGUGGUUCGAACGCUAAUGAUAUAAAGGAGUUGGCUUAUAAACUUUAUUCCACAAAUUAUGGUCAAAAGUUCACUUUUGAGAGGCAUUGGAACAUGCUUCGGUUGGAGCAAAAAUGGAGAAGCCAACUACCUACACAGAGAUCAAAGAAGAGCAAGCGAAGAGGUAAGGGAAAAGCACAGAUGUCUGAAGAUUUUAGCGAAAGAAAAUCAUCGGUUGUCAAAAAAUUAUCUCUCAUGGAAGAUAUUGAGAAUGUUAGAGAAAAGGAACUAAUGGAAAGGGAAAAAGAAAGAGAAGAGGAGAAGGAACAUAGAGCAAAGAUGAUGGCAAUCAAAGAGAAGGAGUUACAAAUUCAAGCGGCAAUGAAAGAACAAGAAUUACAAACUCAGAGGUAUAUUAAAGAAAUAGAGAUAAAAGCAAAAGAAAGGGAAAUGGAUAUGCAAAUACUUAAUUCUGACACGUCUACAAUGAGUGAGAAACGACGAGCUCUUCAUGAGAUUGCAUGUGAAAAAAUAAUGGCCAAGUGGUUUACUUAA